AAGGGAAAAUAAAGCAUGAGCUGUUGCUAUAUAAGGAUUGUAACUUCACUUCGCUCUUGUUCCUUCACCUUCUUACUAUAUUAGAAUUUCCAACAUACUCCGAAACAAAAACGCGAUCACCUGUAACUUCUCCGUCUCCGAUAUGGACAACUCCGGAAAUCCACCACAAGAAGUGGUUGUGCCACCAGUUGAAGGUGUUGCUGGUGGCGGUACGUCAUACGGGUGGAAUGAUGGUGGAACACAUGAUUUGAUUCACCUCAAAGGACCAAUUGACCCUACAGAAAUCCCAACUAGGGAUUUAGUGCAUGUAUGGUGCAUGCCAAGCACAGCGAACAUUGGAGCUCAAGAAAUGCCUAGACAUUUGGAGCCUAUAAAUCUCCUGGCAGCUAGAAAUGAGAGGGAGAGUGUGCAAGUAGCUAUUCGACCAAAGGUUUCAUGGGGUAGUUCUAGUGUUGCUGGGACUGUGCAGGUUCAGUGCAGCGAUCUAUCCUCUUCUUCAGGAGACAGACUGAUUGUUGGGAAGUCUCUUCUGUUGCGGCGGGUGGUGCCCAUUUUAGGUGUACCUGACGCGCUUGUUCCUCUUGAUCUUCCAGUUGGUCAAAUAAAUCUAUUUCCAGGGGAGACUACUGCUCUUUGGAUUUCUGUUGAUGUUCCAAGUGAUCAACCUCCAGGACAAUAUGAAGGAGAAGUUCUCAUUACUGCUACAAAAACAGAUGCAGAAUCUUCUGUUCAGAGUUCAAGCAAGGUUGAGAAACGUCAAUUGUAUAAGGAGCUUAAGGAGUGCCUUGACAUUGUUGAUCCAAUCGAUGGAAAACCAUUAGAUGAAGUGGUUGAAAGGGUGAAAUCUACAACUCUGUCCUUAGGAAGGAUUCUUUUGUCGCCAUCAUUUUCUGAAUUCUCUUCAGAAAAUGGGUCAGCAGAUGUAAUGGAAGAGGAUGCCAUUUCAAAUCUCUCUCUACGACUGAAGUUAAAUCUCACUGUCUGGGAAUUUGUACUUCCCGAAACUCCUUCCCUUCCUGCUGUAUUUGGUAUAUCUGAUACUGUGAUUGAGGAUCGCUUUGGAGUUAAACAUGGGACAGCCGAGUGGUAUGAGGCAUUGGAUCAACAUUUCAAAUGGCUUCUUCAAUAUAGAAUCAGCCCCUAUUUUUGCAAAUGGGCUGAUGGUAUGCGUGUUUUGACAUACACGUGUCCAUGGCCAGCGGAUCACCCAAAAUCAGAUGAAUAUUUUUCAGACCCACGGUUGGCAGCAUAUGCUGUACCAUAUAAACAAGUAGUCUCCGGUAAUGAUGCGGCGAAGGAUUACUUGCAGAAACAAGUUGAGAUAUUGAGAACCAAGAACCACUGGAGAAAAGCUUACUUUUACUUGUGGGAUGAGCCACUAAAUUUGGAGCAAUAUGAUUCUGUUCGCAACAUGGCCAGUGACAUUCAUGCUUAUGCUCCAGAUGCUCGUAUUUUAACUACAUACUAUUGUGGGCCAAAUGAUGCACCUCUUGCACCAACUCCAUUUGAGGCUUUUGUAAAAGUUCCAAGUUUUCUGCGUCCUCAUAAUCAAAUUUAUUGCACGAGUGAAUGGGUCUUGGGGAAUCGAGAGGACCUGGUCAAGGAUAUAAUUGCUGAAUUACAACCAGAGAAUGGCGAGGAAUGGUGGACAUAUGUCUGUAUGGGACCAUCAGAUCCUCAUCCAAAUUGGCAUCUUGGAAUGCGAGGAACUCAACAUCGUGCUGUCAUGUGGCGUGUGUGGAAAGAGGGUGGCACAGGAUUUUUGUAUUGGGGUGCCAACUGCUAUGAGAAGGCAACUGUAGCCAGUGCAGAGAUAAAAUUCAGGCACGGCCUUCCUCCCGGUGAUGGAGUUCUGUACUACCCUGGUGAGGUAUUCUCAACUAAUCAACCGGUGGCUUCUCUUAGACUAGAGCGCCUACUCAGUGGCUUACAGGACAUCGAAUACCUGAGACUUUAUGCUUCAAGAUAUGGCAGGGAUGAAGCCACUGCACUUUUGGAUAGAAUGGGAGUUUAUUUUGGUCCUGAGCGUUACACACAUGAGCACAUGCCAAUUGAUGCAAUGAGGGGUCAAAUAUUCAAUUUGUGCCGUUAAUGAUUUUUUUUGUACUGACAAUGCUUGAAAGGUUCGUGGGGUUCAUGUGGCAACUGCUGAAAAUUUCAGGCUUCAGUGUUUAGACUUAUAGAUAUGCCAAUCUUCACCUCACCUCGUCGUGAUAUAUACAUAUUGUAGUGCACAAUUUAAACUCUAUAGAUACGGAAUGGGACUAUUAUACAUUUGGAACGUAGUAGGUGAGAUAUAUUCUGUUUUCAUGUUGUAGCGCGCUAUUUAAACUCUAGAUAUGGAAUCCCACUGAUACACAUUUGGAACGUAGUUAGAUGAGAAAUCUUUUGUUUGUGCCGAAAUGGGACCAUCAACUGGACAUUAUAUCAUGAAUAGAGAUUGCAGUUUAUUUAGGUUUACUAGCAGUUA